CACGUUCUCUCUCCUCUCUCUCUCUCUCUUAUCGGAUCACCUCUUGGCCGUUUCACUCGUCCUGUGAUUGAACUCUCCCCCAUUUAUCUAUCCCAAGUCCCAACAACCCAACACACAAGGCAAGAAGACAAACCCAGUUCCCUCUUUGUCUCUCACUUUUUGGUGGGUCUCUCUCCCUCUGUCUCUUCCUAUUUCCUGGGUUUUUAGGACAUUGACAAUUAUUACCUUUCUGAGAUUCUUUCUUUCACGCACCAAGUCCUUUCACAAAAUAAAUCCUGUUUUUCGAUUUCGUUCUUCUUCUUUUUUCCAUGGCUCGGUCGUCCCACUUUCUCUGUUUUUCAUGAACCAAGUCUUUCUUUGUUUUUGUUUUGUGGGUGUGGGGUUUUGUUUUCAUGGAACAAAAGCUAUGAGUUGGUCAUUUUGGUGAAGUGGUCUUCUGGGGUUUUCAUUCUGUGACCGUUGAUGAGUAGAGUAUAUGGCUGUUGGAGCUGUGGGAAGUUCGAACAACAUGGGGUUUGAUGAAAAGAUGGAGGCUGGAGACAAGAGUGGAGCUUUGGAAACAAAAACAUCAGAAACAAUGUCAGCAAAUCAAGUGGGUGUUGAUGAGUCUUCUCAGAAUGCAGCUGAGGAGGAGGAGGAAGAAGUGGAAAGAAAAAUAAAGUUGGGUCCUCAAUUCACCCUCAAAGAACAGCUUGAGAAGGACAAGGAUGAUGAGAGUCUGAGGAGGUGGAAGGAACAGCUUCUUGGGACUGUGGAUUUGGAAAAUGUUGGAGAAACUCUUGAACCAGAAGUCAGGAUCCUUAGUCUGUCAAUCAUCUCUCCUGGUAGACCCGACAUUGUUCUUCCUAUCCCAGAAGAUGGAAAACCCAAGGGGUUAUGGUUCAGUUUGGAAGAAGGUAGUCAUUACAAAUUGAAAUUCUCCUUCCAAGUGAGCAAUAACAUUGUAUCUGGCCUCAGAUAUACGAACACUGUUUGGAAAACCGUGGACAGCUCAAAGGAGAUGUUUGGCACCUUUAGUCCACAGGCUGAACCUUACACACAUGAGAUGCUUGAAGAAAUCACCCCUUCUGGCUUUUUCGCUAGAGGAUCAUAUUCAGCGCGAUCAAAGUUUCUUGACGAUGACAACAAGUGCUACUUGGAGAUCAACUACACCUUUGACAUCCGGAAAGAAUGGGCAACCCCAUGAACCGAACGGAACAAUAACUUCUUUGUGAGCAUUAGAACAGGAAAGCUCCCUCAUUAACUUAUUUGACUCAUCACUGCCUGCUUCCUCAGUCAGCUCACCCCUUCAUUUUCUUCCAGAGGCCAGUUUCCAAACAAGCUGUUUAACAAGACCCAAUGGGCAAAUGCCUUUGAUUCUGCAAAAAGUCCUUUCAUUUUCCAUCAAUAAAAGGGAAAGCUUCACCUGAA